CGGCGGCGGCCGAGAGUUUCCCGCUGGACUUCACCGCCGUGGAGGGCAACAUGGACAGCUUCAUGGCGCAGGUCAAGAGCCUGGCGCAGUCGCUGUACCCCUGCUCGGCCCAGGCACUGCCGCACGACCUGCGCCUGCACCUCCUGCACAACGCCUCGGUCACCUGCAACGACGGCAGCCCGGCCGGCUAYUACCUGAAGGAGUCCAAAGGCAGUCGGCGCUGGCUGCUGUUCCUGGAAGGAGGAUGGUACUGCUUCAACAGGGAGAACUGCGACACCCGCUACGAUACCAUGCGGCGGCUGAUGAGCUCGCGGGAGUGGCCCGCGACCCGCGUGGGAACUGGGAUCCUGUCCUCUCAGCCAGAAGAAAAUCCCCACUGGUGGAAUGCAAACAUGGUAUUCAUCCCUUAUUGCUCAAGUGAUGUUUGGAGUGGUGCCUCUUCUAAGUCUGAGAAAAAUGAAUAUGCCUUCAUGGGAGCACUGAUCAUACAGGAGGUUAUAAAAGAACUGGUGGGAAAAGGUCUGAGCACUGCAAAAGUGUUGCUGCUAGCAGGGAGCAGUGCUGGAGGGACAGGAGUUCUCCUGAAYGUGGAUCGAGUGGCAGAGCAGCUGGAGGAGAUGGGUUAUCAAGGCAUUCAGGUUCGAGGCUUGGCAGACUCUGGAUGGUUCCUGGAUAACAAACAGUAUCGCAGAACUGACUGUAUUGAUACCAUAACGUGUGCUCCAACAGAGGCCAUCAGAAGAGGAAUCAGAUACUGGAAUGGCAUUGUUCCCGAACGCUGUAAGCUGCAGUUCAAAGAGGGAGAGGAAUGGAAUUGUUUUUUUGGAUAUAAGAUUUACCCCACUCUUCGCUGCCCAGUCUUUGUUGUGCAGUGGCUCUUCGAUGAGGCCCAGCUUACUGUGGACAAUGUACACCUAACUGGCCAGCCUGUUCAGGAAGGGCAGUGGCUCUACAUCCAGAAUUUGGGUAGGGAGCUGAGAAACACCUUGAAGGAUGUGACCGCGAGCUUUGCUCCUGCCUGUUUGUCGCACGAGAUCAUCACACGCAAUCACUGGACUGACAUCCAGGUGAAGGGGACGUCAUUGCCCCGUGCCCUGCACUGUUGGGAUCGGAGCCUCCAUGAGAGCAACAAGAAUGGGAAGGCUCCUCUGAAAGGCUGCCCAAUUCACCUGAUYGACAGCUGCCCAUGGCCUCACUGCAACCCCUCGUGCCCCACAAUCAGGGACCAGUUCACAGGACAGGAGAUGAAUGUGAUCCAGUUCCUGAUGCACAUGGGCUUUGACGUUCAGAAGAUGGCACAGCAGCAGGGCCUGGAGCCCAGCAAACUCCUGGGGAUGCUCAGCAGUGGUAACUAGGGAGGGCUGGGAUUACAGAGGGGCAGAGAUUGCAUCAGGACCAGAGAGACUCUCAGCCCUGCUCCUCUUUCUCAAUGCUCCUGCAGGCAGAUGCAUGCUCAUCCAUGCACACUCACACCUGUGCACUCACUGCCCCCAUGCUCUUGCACACUUACAGUGUGUCAAGAACGAAAAAACAAACCAAAACAAAACCAAACCCCACAACAACAAAAACCAAAAAAAGAAACACACAAACAAAACAAGACAAAAAAACCCAAAACAAACCGACAAGAAAACCCAAACAAAAACACACACACACACA